AUGAUAACCUUCAAAAUUUUGAUAAUAUUCAAGGUAUCCCAAUUUUUAACAUUUAGUCAUAAAGCGAAAUCUACCCUGGAUAAUAAUAAUGUAGGAAAAGCUAUAAUAUCUUUGGAACCACACUCUUUUUUUAACGAGAGUUUUGUGCAUAUAACUAUUAGAAAAUGUAAACUCCAAACAAUUGAUGAUGAGGCUUUUAAAGACAUCCACGUACAAAAAAUAAUCAUUAGCAAUAAUCCUUUAAAAGAACUAAAGAAAAACAUGUUUGUUAAUAUUUGUGUCAACGAAUUUUUUUUAUCUAGAAAUAAUAUUAAAACCAUCGAACCUGGCACAUUCCAAACAGUGAAACCAUUUGGAGUCGAAUAUAUGGAAAUAUUAUCUCUUAGUUUCAAUAAGCUGGAUGUUGUAGAAAAAGGACAAUUCAAUGGUUUAAAGGUACGUGUUCUCGAAUUGGACCAUAAUAAAAUAAAGUUCAUUGAAGCGGGAUCUUUUUCCAACAUGCCACAUCUUGCAGAUCUAGAAAUGAUCGGAAACAAAUUAAAAAGAAUCGAUACUGGUAUAUUUGACAAUAUGCCCAAUAUGAUUAUAAUGCAUUUGGCCAAUAAUAAUAUUGAAUAUAUUGAUCCUUAUGCGUUUGAAAAUACUACAAGUGUUACUCUGUUUUUAAAAUAUAAUAAAUGUAGUAAGCUUAAUAAAGAGUAUUUUAAGAAUAGUAACAUUGAAUGGAUAUUUGCAUAA